GCCGUUCUAAGUUCUCCCCCAUAAAUAUCAAUACAGUAACCGUCCUCCCUCAAAGACCCACAUUCUCUCUUCAUCUUCCCCGCAUUAUUCCAACUCGAGUUCACUCACUCACCAAACAACGUUCACUCACUUUUUCAAUCAACAUCAACGUCAACGCCAAUACCUAAGUCAAUUCGACGGUACUCCAUACUCGCGUUCCUGAGAUCCCCCUUUGUCGCACGCACCUACGUGUCCACUCCAUCCACAUAACAAUCGCAUCCUGCACCCGCGUCUAAACGUCCACGCCUCCCUCCACUCCUACAAACCCCACAAUCGUCAAGAUGUCUGCCGCACGCUUCUUCACCUCUCGCCUCCCUAUCCGCGCUGCCUUCCGCGGCCACCAGGUCCGCCUCAACUCCAGCGCCGCCACUUCCCCGGCCGCACGCCUCGCAGAGAUCGCACGCACCGCCGAGAAGCCCAGCGCCCUCGAGGCCAGCGUCCCCGUCAUGUGGGCCGUCUCCGGUGCUCUCAUCUACACUGCCUGGAACAGGAUCGACGAGAAGAAGGAGGACCACGUCGAGAAGCUUCUUAUUGUUUAGACAGACACAUUUAAUCAAAUUGCAUAUACCCCACCCCGGUCGGCGCACCAAAGAACGAGCGACAGAGCGAGCAUUAUUUGAACGGGGGGGCUUAGACACUUGCGUUCCGGUAUUUGCAUUGCCGAUUUGCAUGGCUUGCGCAUAGACAUGUCAUCUUCAUUUACACACUCUUACUUUCACGAACGAUUUACUUUUUCAUUGGGUCAUUGCUGUAGGGAACUAUUACUGGUUAUGGGUAUGGGAUUGGAUUUGGGCGGAUAAUGGCUCAGGCCUCGGGAUGGAUCAUCAAGGGAUUUCAAGGGAAUAAAAUAGGCGUUCAGGACUUCGAACGAUAGAAUAUCAUUUUUCUUCAGGGUCACUAUGUGGACUCGGAUCUA